GCCUACCGCCCAACACUGCUUGUCUAACCAAUCAGCUUUGACGAAGCAUCUCAGUAGGCGGGAUUUAUCCGCUUCUUAGAACGCUGGUGUAGCCAUUUUUCUUGUGUGACUGUAAGGCAGAUAGCUGAUUGAGGCUUUCUAUAACACUGCUUCAAGGAUGGUCAAGAUCUUCAUUGGGAAUGUCCCUCGGGAGGCAGACAAGGAUGAAAUCCAGGCACUCUUCUCACAGUACGGUGCCGUCACAGAAUGUGCCAUCGUCAAGAAUUUUGCUUUCGUCCACAUGGAUGACCGUAAGUCUGCCACCAAAGCCAUCCGCAGCCUGCACCUCUACAAGUUGCAUGGCACGGCGAUAAACGUUGAGGCUAGUCGCGGGAAGAAUCAGGGAGCCGUCAAACUCCACGUGACAAACGUGGAGAAAGGCAACGAUGAUGAGCUCCGCACUUUGUUCGAGGAGUACGGCACAGUCUCUGAAUGUGCUAUUGUCAAAAACUUUGCGUUUGUGCACAUGGACAACUCCGACGAGGCUUUGGAUGCCAUCAAGGGAUUAGACAACAUUGAAUUCCAGGGGAAACGUAUCCAUGUUCAGAUAUCAAAGAGCCGUCCCAGGUAUGAGGAGGAAGAAGACUACCCCCCACCUCAAAGGGGGGGAUACUGGCCCCCUCGUGGCUACCCCGGGGAGAGGCAUGAUCCUCCACCCCCUAGCUAUCUAAGAGGUCGUCACCCACCCCCUCAUCACGGGUACCCUGCCCCCCCUCCACCACCCCCUCCCCCUAGACGAGCCCCUUACCCAGAGCGUGCUUAUGAGCGCGAGAGGGAGAGCUAUGCCGUGGUGGAUUACUAUGAGAAAUACAGGGCUCGCCCUGCCGCUUAUGGCAUAAUGUCCUAUGAUGAGAGGCGUGUAGGCUCCUUACCCCCUCCUCCCCCACCCCCCUCUUCCAUGGUCAGGGAGCGUUUCAUGGCCUCUGGCCUCGAUCCAUAUGAGCGUCGCCCCCUCCCUCCUCCCCCGUCUGCGUACUACACCAGGGACCGCAGUCCCAUUCGGAGGGCCCCUCCUCCCCCCAUGCCCCCCGCCGGUAACGGUUACUCCUAUGAGCGUUCCCGACUCUCUCCCGUCUCUCGGCCCGCGAUGUACAACCUACCACGUACCAGAGACCCCUACGCCGACAGGUUGCCGCCGCCGCCACCGGCCCGCUAUUACUAAGCAGCGUACACCGGCGUUUGACUCAAGGUUUAAAUAUUUCAAGAUCUGCGUCCUCGUCACCGCCGUCGUCUCCUGAUGCACGCAGCGAUUUACCCCCGUCUGGUUGAGCGCGUUUCGUUCUCCUGCAACACUCUCAGGAGGAAUUGUAAUGCAUGACCCCUCGUCCAUCUAAAACACUUUUAUUACACUCGUAUUGUUUUGGCCUUUUUUGUUUUGUAUUUUAGUAUUGUGCUUUAGCUACAUUUAUAGUCUCUGGCUCCCAGAAGCCUUUUAGUCAGUCGUUUUUUUAAUUUUACGUCCUUGAUAUACUGUAACGUGUCAUGAUACAAACUUUUGCUGUUAUAUCAAAUUUCUGAAAUUUGAUGAAUGGAAGCUGCAGCACGUUAUUAUGAAAAGGAUGUUAUUAAUAUCAAAUAAUCGUGACUGUAUAUCGACUUGAAUACGAACCAUCAUGUGUUUCCUUUGAAAUUAAACCACCACGUUUGUUCAAUCUACGUCUGAAAUUAUGACAAGUUAUGGAUUAUGAAAAGGUUGCGCUCUGCGACAAUGUACAACGGCGUAAUAAAACCACUACGACGGACUACAACAAUGGACUAGUUGGUUAAUUUAAUUGGACAAAUAUUUGCUGAUUGUAGCUAGUUUUACCAAGGUGGGUAACGUGCUUGUUUGUCAUCACAGAGGACAUGAUUUUAGUAAAUAAAAUAAACUGAAUUGUAUAGUCA